UACAGCCGCUGUGUUGUGAUCACGUGGGCUGCCCGGGGCGCGCGGCUUGUUUUGGUUUUCCUUUCGUUUGCCGGGUGAGCUCCGGUGAGCUACUGUCCUUCCCCGUGUCCACCUAGGCCUGCACCUCGGCUGAUCUUUGGGCUCCCUCGGCCCGCACUCUGACGAGCCCCGCGGGGCGGCGUCCUGUCAUGCCGCUAGUGCGCUACAGGAAGGUGGCCAUCCUGGGGUACCUCCGUAGGUGUAAAGGGAAGACAUCUUUGGCACAUCAAUUUGUGGAAGGGGAGUUCCUGGAAGGCUACGAUCCUACAGUGGAGAAUACUUACAGCAAGACAGUGACUCUUGGCAAAGAUGAGUUUCACCUACAUCUAGUGGACACAGCAGGGCAGGAUGAGUACAGCAUUCUGCCCUACUCCUUCAUCAUUGGGGUCCAUGGUUACGUGCUUGUGUACUCUGUUACCUCCCUGCGCAGCUUCCAAAUCAUUAAGAACCUGUACCAAAAGCUACAGGAAGGCCAUGGUAAAACUCGACUGCCAGUGCUGCUUGUGGGGAACAAGGCAGAUCUCUCUGCAGACAGAGAGGUACAGGCAGUUGAAGGGAAGAAGCUAGCAGAGUCCUGGGGUGCAACGUUUAUGGAGUCAUCUGCACGGGAUAAUCAGCUAACUCAGGACAUCUUCAUCAGAGUCAUCCAGGAGAUUGCCCGUGUGGAGAAUUCUUAUGGACAAGACCGCCGAUGCUGUCUUAUGUGAACUCUUGGCAUGGAAUAACUGCCCUGUUUCGGCCACAGGCAUUGUCCAACCUGCAGCAGUGGGGUCGACCCUCAGGACUUAAGUACUAGGGUUGCCAACUAUGUCCUUACUCCUCUGGGCACACAGUAGGGGACCCUUAUUUUUGCACACUCAUCCCAGGUUCUGGUAACCUGGAUGUUAAUGUUUACAAAGGGGCAAAACGUCUCAGGGACACUGGCUUCUAACUCCUUGUUUUCCUAAACGAAUUUUUACAGUCUGUACAGUUGGGAUGAGUCUUGGGCAUUGAUUACCGAGGACCUGCCCUCCUGGGUAUAUUUUGGGUGUUGGUUGGGUAAGGAUGUUGGUCACUUGGCAGUUCAGAAGUAGA